UCAAUAUCUCUUGCUGUUUAAACUUUCGCCAUUCAACUUUUAAUUUUCGUAAACAAAAAACAAACUUUUUUUUUUGUAAGAAAUAAUAGUACAUGGAGUGGGUGAAGCGCAUGUUAUUUGAGGAUGCAUUGGUGUGAUAAUUACGUUUUUGAAACAAAAUGUUUAUUCAUAUUUGAUGUAUGAAACUUUUGUUAAAGAACAUCAAAUUGCAUAUAGUUAUUAUGUGACCCAAGGCGUUUGCAAAAGUUUCAAGCAUAACUUUAGGGAAUUUGGAACAUAAUUAAUAAUAAAAUGGAAUGUAAGCUAAGAACUCGUAGUGUGAAAAUCGCACAAGUACUUGGAAAUGUGCUGAUGCGAUGUUGGGCUGUGACAUGUCUCGCAAGCAUGUUGUGUUUAAUUUUAUAUUGGGUUUAUGGCUGCUUAUGGGCCAUUAUGUUGCUGAUAUUUGUCACAACAGGCGUUCUGUACUACAGCGAGGACUUCCUGCUGUUCCACCCGGACAUGCCCGCGCACUCGCGAGUCUUCGUCCCCGUUCCGUCCAUGUUCGGGCUGCCGUACGAGAACCUGUAUGUGCGCAGCGCAGACGGCACGCGCCUGCACCUGUACUUCAUCCGGCAGCCGGGCCCCGUGUCUGCCCGCGCGCCCACUGUGCUCUUCCUGCACGGCAACGCUGGCAACAUGGGCCACAGGUUGCAGAACGUGCUGGGGCUGUACCAGCAGCUGCAGUGCAACGUGCUGAUGCUGGAGUACCGCGGCUACGGCCUGUCCCAGGGCUCGCCCAGCGAGCACGGCCUCUACGCCGACGCCAGAGCCGCGCUCGACUACCUCUCCUCGCGCAGCGACAUCAACCACGCCGAGGUGGUCGUGUUCGGCCGCUCCCUGGGCGGUGCGGUGGCCAUAGACGUGGCAGCCCAGCCCGAGUACGCCCAGAAGAUAUGGUGUCUCGUCGUGGAGAACACGUUCACGAGCAUCCCUGACAUGGCGCGCGUGCUGAUUGGCUGGCGACUCCUGCAGUACCUGCCCAGGUUCCUCUACAAGAACAAGUUCCUGUCCGCCGAGAAGGUGGGGCGUGUGACGGCGCCGACGCUGUUCGUGUCGGGGCUGGCGGACAUCCUGGUGCCCCCGCGCAUGAUGAGCGAGCUACACGGCCUCUGCCGCGCCCACAGGCAGCUGCUGCAGCUGGAGACCGGCACGCACAACGACACCUGGACCUGUCCCGGCUACUACCACGCGCUGGCCAACUUCCUGCGCGACGCCCGGGCGAGGCGGGGCGCCGCGCCCGCCCCUCCGCCCCCCUCCCCGUCCACCCGCAUCGAGCACGUCUGACUGCCGUCCCUCCCGUGGCCCGGACCGCGGACCGCGUUACCGUGCUCGCCUGACUGCCAUCCGUCCCGUCGCAGGGUCGCGACGAGCUGCCCGAACCCAACGACACUCACAUUUGCAAUCGAUGUUCCAGACAACUAUGGACUAAAAUUUUUGUAGUGUUGAAUGAGUAAUAAUUUAUUUUUGUUCCCAAAUAAUUUUAAACUUGGUUCUUGAUGUGGAUCCCCUGAAAAUAUCAGUUGCAUGAGGUGCUUCAGCCCGGCCCUGCGCUGGAGAGGCAGGCGAGAUAAUAGACAAAGUUUUCUGGAUGUGAAACCUCAUUAUGAAGUACAUAUUGUCUGCAAAGAACUUUUACUUUUUGAUGAUCUUUUGUAGUAAUAUCUUUACCAUUCUUUCACUUUUGAUGAUGGUUUAGUGUUCAGUAGUUUUGAUUCUGACUGUCAGGUUCCAAAUCCAUGCUUGCGUGGUAUAAUGGGCAUAAUGAGUUUCCAGAAGUUGCAGUUUUAAUUGCCAUCAUCUGCAUUUAUUUUAUUUCUACAAAAGGCAGUCCUCUUUACCCCAUUCAAUUUGCUGUUUGUCUGGUGGUUAGAUCACUUGCCGACUAAGUUAAUCCUGUUUCGAUUCUUGGCGAGAAUAUUUUGCAAGUGGGAAACAGUUCAUGCCCAUCAUCGUCAUCUUUUACGCUUCAUCUCUUGUUCAUUUAUUAGUUUAUUCAGUAAUCGUUUGUCAAACAGCUUCCACCAGCAUGUGAACUGCAUGAACACUUUUAGAAUGUCUGUUCUGAGCGCAAGUGAUGCGUUGCAUUGGGUGCAUCAUAGUGCAUUUAAUACUUGUAACUUGCAGUUCUUUUUUUUUGUUCUUCUUUCUUCUCAGAAAUGCCAUCUAUCUCGCUGUCCAUGUAGCAGUCGGUGACCAUUGUCAUCACGAUACUGUAUUUACUGGCACAAGCUGCACCAAACUCGCACGGCAGGUUUCAGUCGCUGCCUUAAGACAUGUUAUUUGGAAGAACAUUUGGUCAUGUUGCAGGUGGUGUUACAUGAGUAACUAACGUGAUGUCAUCGUCCAAGGUGAUAAGUGUGAAUGAGUUAUAGCUUGUGA